AUGCAGAGUACAGUAGUAUGUACAGUAUGCAGCAGUGGUGAACGGACAGCUGGGGCGGUGGGCUGGGCUGAAACCGGAGAGGCACGUUCGGAUCCGCGGCACAGAGGAGCGGCCGCCGUAAUGGCUGAAAUGCACGGGCUUCGGGUGACCGCGCUCCGAUUGUGCCAAACGCCAAAAGCUAAAACCAGAGCCGAGCGCCGCGGGAACAGGCGCGAGAGCAGAGGAGGAAGACGGAUGGCGACGCAGAGAUGA